AUGUACCUCAAACCACUCGAGAAGUUGAUCAAGCUGCGCAAUGCCAACUCCACGGACGAGUUUUGGAAAGGCGUGUUCAGUAGAGUCCCAGGACAAACAGUCGUUCUCCUUAUCGACUUCAAGGGCGAAAGCCAGCCAACACUCAACAUGCUCAAAAAACAACUUGAACCGUUACGAAAGCUUGAUUAUCUCACUUACUGGAACGGGACAACAAGAGUCUUACGCCCUCUGACAAUUGUCGCAUCGGGCAAGGCCAAACUCAGUGACAUCAUGACUCUGGAUUCCAGUCACCGUGACAUCUUCUUCGAUGCACCACUUAUCUCCCUUCACAGUGAUGUCGAGGACGAUUUUACUAUGGAUCCACCAACCUACAAAUUCAACAUCUCCAAUUCAUACUACGCAUCCGGCGAGCUCAAAGACGGCGUGAUGGCUCGUAUCAAUAACGACGAAUCCUCGAUAGCAAGCCAAGACGCUUCGAACGGCCAGCUAGGGCAGGCCCAGGACAGAGGUCUGGUAUCUAGAUACUGGGGAUCCGCAGGUCCAAAGUAUCAAACCACGGAACAGAUCAUGUGGGGUUUCUUGAUCCAGGUUGGAAUGGGGAUUCUGAACAUGGAUGACAUGAGUGCUGUGAGGGACAGGACACGAGGUAUGGGCAAAUUGACAAUCCAGGAGUAG